CCUCCCGGUGGGUGUGUGUUCGUUCGUAAAUGUGUGUGUGUUCUGCGUGAGUUUAUGUAUCAAGGAUAUAAUAGUUUUAUUCAUUCGGGAACAAGGCACCUCAGACGGAGGAACCGUACCUGCAGACUGGCCUGAGUCACACAGAAGAGUGUUUAACUGAAGAACUUCACUGUGAGACAAGAUGUUUCAGAUUAAAAAGAUUUGCUGUAUAGGCGCUGGGUAUGUUGGCGGUCCGACAUGUAGUGUCAUUGCAAGCAUGUGUCCCGAGAUCACAGUAACAGUAGUGGAUGUUAAUGAAUCCCGGAUCAAAGCCUGGAACUCUGGCACCCUGCCCAUCUACGAGCCGGGCCUGAAUGAAGUGGUGUUGUCUUGCCGUGGGAAGAACCUCUUUUUCUCCACAGAUAUCGACUCUGCCAUUAAAGAGGCAGAUCUGGUCUUUAUUUCCGUAAACACCCCAACUAAGACGUAUGGUAUGGGCAAAGGUCGUGCUGCUGACUUGAAGUUUAUCGAGGCAUGUGCACGGCGGAUUGUGGAGAUGUCGGAUGGGUAUAAAAUCGUUACGGAGAAGAGCACGGUGCCGGUCCGAGCAGCUGAGAGCAUCCGCAGGAUAUUUGAUGCAAACACCAAACCCAGCCUCAAUUUGCAGGUUCUCUCGAACCCAGAGUUCCUUGCGGAGGGUACAGCAGUGAAGGACCUGAAGGACCCAGAUCGCGUCCUGAUAGGUGGAGAUGAGACUCCAGAGGGUCAAAGGGCCAUCAGUGCUCUCAGUGCAGUUUAUGAGCACUGGGUCCCCAAAUCACGCAUAAUCACCACCAACACCUGGUCCUCAGAACUUUCCAAACUGGCAGCAAAUGCAUUCCUGGCUCAGCGCAUCAGUAGUAUAAACUCCAUCUCUGCCUUGUGUGAAUCCACUGGCGCUGAUGUAGAGGAGGUGGCCAGAGCCAUCGGCAUGGAUCAGCGCAUUGGGAGCAAGUUCCUCAAAGCCAGCGUGGAAUUUGCCGUGACUCUCAUUCUCUCUGCAGUGUCUGAUCUUGUAACAGUGACGUCAGACCCCUAUGAGGCAUGUGAAAGUGCACAUGCCCUGGUCAUCUGCACAGAGUGGGACAUGUUUAAGGAUCUGGAUUAUGAGAAAAUAUACCACAAGAUGUUGAAACCAGCAUUUAUCUUUGAUGGUCGACGAGUCCUGGACCAUCUGCACUCUCAGCUACAAAACUUUGGCUUUCAGAUCGAGACCAUUGGAAAGAAGGUGACGACCCGAAUUCCCUUCACACCAUCUGGAGGAGUUCCACGAAUCAAUGAACCACCCAUCAAGAAAUCCAAAGCCUAGACACCGACUCAUACACACACGCAUGUGCACUUUACAUUGAUUAAAGUCUUUUGCUGA